CAACAGGGAGAUCCAGUUUGGGCAAUUAGCUCAGAGACAGUGAACUCUCUUUUGGGACUUUCAUUGAACUUCUUCUUUAUCUUGCCUCUUACAAACUCUGUUGGUAUUCAUUUCCUAGAAGCUCCUGUUCUUCACCCUCUUGGACACUCAUGUUUGCUCCGUUGCUAUACACAGACCGAAAGAGAGAUCGUUACAAAAGCUCUCUUGACGUCUUAUGGGGUCUCAUGAUGUUCCUCACAAACACGUUUCUGAUCCCGUACAUGGCUAUACGGCUAAAUGACGCUGACCAAGAUGAUAAACCGAGCAAAAGGUCUCAACUCGGGGAAGCCAUGACCAAAGGUGCAUCCGUAGUUGGUCUCACGGGUGUUACUGUUUGUCUGAUAUCGACCUUGUGGUCUCUCUACGGUCGAGCAGAUGGAGGUUUCGGUGGAAUAAUGGAGAGAUGGCAGUAUCUGAUUGGUUAUUUGGGAUCGGAGAGACUAGCUUACGCGUUUAUAUGGGAUAUAUGUUUGUACACAGUUUUCCAGCCAUGGUUGAUUGGAGAGAACCUGCAAAAUGUGAAGAAGAGCAAGGUUGAGUUAGUGAGUUAUCUUAGGUUCGUUCCUGUUCUUGGUUUGCUUUCAUAUCUUCUGUUUCUCAAUCUUGACGAUGAAGAUUAAUAAACUUUUGACAUGAUACAUGUUUAUGUAUGUAUAAAUAUUUAUUUUGGCAACGUACUUUAUCAAGUUUAUUA